UCUCGUCUUUGUGCAGGUGCCGUGCUGUGGUCUUCUUCUUUGAGCUGUCGUCCCUCCCAUCUCCCCUCUUCCUCCCAUCGCAAUGGCUCCUCAUCAGGACAUUGGAAACGGCGAAGCCGAAAAAGAGCUCCGACGCGAUGCUCAACCCAACGACGGCGGCGAUUUGGGCGAGUACGGUAACCUCGUGAAGUACAUCUCCAACUACAGAGAUGGCCGCCGGGCUUCCGUCGCUGGCUCCAUCUACGACGACACUCCCAAGAAGAAGUGGUAUCAGUUCGGCAAGAAGACCAAGUUGGUGCCCGGUGCCGAUGGCAGCUUCGAAGCUCCCGAGGAGUGGAUGCAAACCAACUGGAAGGCCGGUUUGACGACAGCCGAGGUCGAGCAGAGACGAAGGAAGACUGGAUGGAACGAAUUGACCACGGAGAAGGAGAACUUGUUUCUCAAGUUCCUGGGUUUCUUCACCGGGCCCAUUCUCUAUGUAAUGGAAAUCGCUGUCCUGCUCGCGGCUGGUCUGCGUCAAUGGAUCGAUCUCGGUGUUAUUAUCGGUAUUCUGUUGCUUAAUGCUGUUGUCGGUUGGUAUCAGGAAAAGCAAGCUGCCGAUGUCGUCGCCAGUUUGAAGGGUGAUAUCGCCAUGCGCACAACUGUCGUCCGUAAUGGUGUUGAGGAGGAGAUCAAGGCUCGUGAAUUGGUUCCCGGUGAUAUUGUAAGUCUCACACUCGAUCACUGCAAUCAAUUGAUCGCUCUGCACCCAAUUGGCAAUUCUAACAAUUUUAUUACAGAUCAUCAUCGAAGAUGGUCAAGUCGUUCCCGGUGAUGCACGAAUUAUCUCGGCCUACGACAACCCCAACGGUUGGGCAGAAUAUCAACGCGAAUUGGAAGCUCAGGCUGGUGAGUCUGCUGCUGAAAAGGGCGAGGAUGAUGAUGAGCUGGAACACAAGCACGGAUCGGGAUACGCUCUUCUCGCCAUCGAUCAAUCUGCCAUGACUGGAGAGUCCCUCGCUGUCGACAAGUACGUCGCCGAUGUCAUCUACUAUACUACUGGUUGCAAGCGUGGAAAGGCAUACGCCAUCAUCACCCACUCUGCUAAGACUUCCUUCGUCGGUCGCACUGCUUCUUUGGUCUCUGGUGCCAAGGAUCAGGGUCAUUUCAAGGCUAUCAUGAACUCUAUCGGCACGUCGCUUUUGGUUUUGGUCGUCGGCUGGAUUCUCGCUGCCUGGAUUGGAGGUUUCUUCCACCACUUGCAAAUCGCUACUCCUGAGGACAGCUCCAACAACUUGCUCCAUUACGCUCUUAUCUUGUUGAUCGUCGGUGUUCCCGUCGGUCUCCCAGUCGUCACCACCACCACUCUCGCUGUCGGUGCUGCUUACCUCGCCAAGGAGAAGGCCAUUGUGCAGAAGCUCACUGCCAUUGAAUCCCUCGCAGGUGUCGAUGUUCUCUGCUCCGACAAGACCGGUACGCUCACUGCCAAUCAACUCUCCAUCCGUGAACCAUUCGUUGCCGAUGGCGUCGAUGUCAACUGGAUGAUGGCUGUUGCCGCUCUCGCUUCUUCCCACAACGUCAAGUCCCUCGACCCAAUUGAUAAAGUCACAAUUCUCACCCUCAAGCGUUACCCAAGAGCCAAGGAGAUCCUCUCCCAAGGCUGGAAGACCGAGAAAUUCACUCCUUUCGACCCUGUCUCCAAGCGUAUCACUGCUAUUGUCAUCAAGGAUGGUGUCCGCUACACUUGCGCAAAGGGUGCCCCCAAGGCUAUCCUGAACCUGUCCAACUGCUCCAAGGAAGAUUCCGAUUUGUACAAGGCCAAGACUACCGAGUUCGCUCGUCGUGGUUUCCGCUCCCUCGGUGUUGCCGUUCAAGAAGGUGAUGGAGACUGGCAAUUGCUCGGCAUGUUGCCCAUGUUCGACCCUCCCCGUGAGGAUACCGCCUCUACUAUCGCUGAAGCUCAAGUUCUCGGUCUCUCUGUUAAGAUGCUUACUGGUGAUGCUAUUGCUAUUGCCAAGGAGACUUGCAAGAUGUUGGCUCUCGGUACCAAGGUCUACAACUCUGAGCGUCUCAUCCACGGUGGUCUCUCCGGUACUACUCAGCACGAUCUCGUUGAGAAGGCUGAUGGUUUCGCUGAGGUCUUCCCCGAGCACAAGUACCAGGUCGUCGAGAUGUUGCAACAACGUGGACAUUUGACUGCCAUGACUGGUGACGGUGUCAACGAUGCCCCAUCUCUCAAGAAGUCCGACUGUGGUAUCGCCGUCGAGGGUGCUACUGAAGCCGCUCAAGCCGCCGCCGAUAUUGUCUUCCUCGCCCCAGGUCUCUCCACCAUUGUCUCUGCCAUCAAGAUCGCCCGUCAAAUUUUCCAACGUAUGAAGGCAUAUAUCCAAUACCGUAUCGCCCUCUGCUUGCACUUGGAGAUCUACCUUGUCACGUCCAUGAUCAUCAUCAACGAGACCAUCCGCGCUGAGCUCAUUGUCUUCCUCGCCCUCUUCGCCGAUCUUGCCACCAUUGCCGUCGCCUACGAUAACGCACACUUCGAGCAACGCCCAGUCGAGUGGCAACUACCAAAGAUCUGGAUCAUCUCCGUCGUUCUCGGUAUACUCCUUGCCCUCGGUACCUGGGUCAUCCGCGGUGCCAUGUUCAUGCCAAACGGAGGUAUCAUCAACAACUUCGGCUCCAUCCAAGGUAUACUCUUCCUUGAGGUCUCCCUCACUGAGAACUGGCUCAUCUUCGUCACCCGUGGAGGCGAGACCUGGCCAUCCUGGCAACUCAUCGGCGCCAUCUUCGGUGUCGACGUCCUCUCCACCCUCUUCACCGUCUUCGGCUGGUUGACCGGCGGCGCCGGCGAGCCCUCCGACCCCGUCACCGUCAACAGACUCCUCUCCACCGACGGCCGCACCUCCAUCGUCACCGUCGUCAUCGUCUGGGGCUACUCCAUCGGAGUCUCCAUCGUCAUCGCCAUCGUCUACUACCUCAUGAACCGCAUGUCGUGGCUCGACAACCUCGGCCGCGCCAAGCGCAGCCGCGCCGAUACCCAGAUGGAGAACAUCCUCUCCCACUUGUCAAAGGUCGCUAUUGCCCACGAGAAGGACGAGUUCGGAAACAACAGAUGGCACCUUGCCCCCAAGGCUACCGAGGCCGAGGAGGACGACUAGACUUCCCACCCUCUUCUCAUCGCAUCUCGCCAUCACCAUCUGCAGCACAGAUA